ACCGACUGCUUUGUAAAGCUAUUCGCCAUGGAAAGCUUCUUUCUCAAGCUUCUUUAAAUUUGUUGUGGGGUUUUGCCUCGUAAGCCCACUGCACCAAUUAUGGAGAUGUGGUGGAACCUCGGGACGCUCAUGACCACCAUUUUCUUUAUCAGAACACUGCUCAAGGAAUGCCUCCCGCCUGAAUUCUACGACCGUCUCAUUCUGCUACUCAGCAGGCUUGUAAAAUUCCUGUCUUGCUACAUCACCAUUGUAAUUGAAGAAUAUGAUGGCAUGAGAAUAAGCGAGGUUUACGAAUCGGUGCAAACUUAUUUAAGCACGCGUUCUUAUUCAACUGCAGAUAGAUUGAAGCUCAACAAGCCCGAAAAUGGCAGAGCCUUUACCUUCACCUUGGACAGAGAGCAGCAAGUCAUGGACAAAUUUCAGGGCAUCAAAGUCUGGUGGACUUUCCGCACCCGAGAGCUGAAACAGCCCAGGCAUUUCUGGAAUUCCAUCUCGGACGAAAAGCGGUAUUUCGAACUCCAGUGCCACAAGAAGGACAAAGCCAAGGUAUUUGAUACCUAUCUGCCGCAUAUUUUGGUGGAGGGCAAAAUACUGGAGCUCAAAAACCGGCACCGGAAGAUUUACACGAAUAAAGGUAAUAACGGGCUGUCCUGGACGCCGGUGGUUUUCGAUCAUCCGACGACUUUCCAAACCCUGGCUCUUGACCCCGAGUUGAAGAACGACAUAAUGGAGGACCUUACGAAGUUUUCACAGAGAGAAAAGUAUUAUAAGAAGGUCGGCCGCGCGUGGAAAAGGGGGUAUUUGCUCUACGGCCCUCCCGGUACCGGAAAAUCGAGUAUGAUUGCCGCUAUUUCUAAUUUUCUGGAGUAUGAUAUUUAUGACCUGGAGUUAACCGAUGUUAGGAGCAAUACUGAGCUCAGAAAGCUUUUGAUUGCUACUACUAACAAGUCUGUUAUUGUGAUCGAGGACAUCGACUGUUCGCUGGAUCUGACGGACCGGAAAAAGAAGCCUAAGAGAGAGAGCAAGGAAGAACCCGAUCCGGCUACUGGAAAACCAGAGAACGAGGCGCCGGAAAGCAUGGUGACUCUUUCUGGGGUUUUGAAUUUCACAGAUGGCUUGUGGUCCUGCUGCGGCAGCGAGCGGAUUAUUAUUUUUACUACAAAUUAUGUUGAGCGGCUGGACCCUGCGCUUCUUCGGUCAGGGCGCAUGGAUAAGCAUAUUCAUCUGUCCUUCUGCACUUUUUCUGCGUUCAAAGUUCUUGCUCGGAAUUAUCUUGGCGUUGAAGAUCAUCCUCUGUUUGAGAAGAUUGAGGUUUCGAUGGAGGCGGCGCAGAUUACGCCGGCGGAUGUCAGCGAAGAAUUGAUGAGGGCUAGUGAUAAUCCCACCGCUGCGCUUCAGAACCUGAUUGUAGGACUUGGCAGGGCUAAGGAAAGGGCUGUUCAAAUACUGCCUGGUUUCACUAAAGGCGAUGAGUUCAAUUCUGUUGAAGAAUAUGACAAUUCAAGUGCGGACAAAGCUCCACCAGCUUCUGAACAAGACAAGUAACGGACCAGUAGCAAACUUUUCGUUCUCUUUGUAGUACUGUUUGCAUGGAACUGCAAUCGCACUGUAAAGGGCAAUGGAGAUGGAUUUAUAAGUUAAUUUGAGUAAUAUUUUAUUAGCAUUAUUCAAAAAAAUCCUUUACAUUU